AUGCUGCGCCAGCAGGGACUGUCGUUGCUCACCCGCAUGCAGAGCGAACUGGACGCCGGACGCGCCCCCGGAAGCGAGGUCAUGCAAGGCGCGAUGAUCGUUCUUGCCAGUAUUUUCCUUCUGAUUCCGGGGUUUGUAACCGACGCAAUCGGUUUGCUUUUGUUCAUCCCUCCGGUGCGGCAGGCGCUUGCAAACUUCAUCAUUGCCCGCUCCAACGUCGUGAUCGUGCAGGGUGGCCAGACUGGACAGGGUGGCGGAAGACCCGACGAUCAUGUGGUCGAUCUGGACCAGCAGGACUGGUCAGAGAAGCAGGAUGGUUCGUCCGAGGGUUCGUCCGGCAGCGAUCGGCCCAGAAUCAGUCCGUGGCAGGAUGGCUCGAAUGACGCGAAGCCUUAA